GUCGGGAGAACAAUGGCCGCGUCCGAGCAGGAAUCAGCUUGGGCUUUCACCCCCGUUGGGUGGUGGCUUUUAACUCUUCGGCGGCCGCGCGGCGGGCUCGCGGGCCGGGGCCGGGGGUCCCGGGGCGCCCUGCGCCUCGCGCUCCGCGGAGAGGGCGAGGGGGCGGCGGUCGGGGGCACUGGGCGCCGCCUCGGGCCGGCCCGAGUCUGAAAGUUUGCGUCCAUCGUCGCGUCGUGUUAAAGGACGGUGUCGCAGGGCGCGGCGCCGAAACUUCCACAAAGGGCGGCCGGCGCCGGGCUCGGGCGCGGCGCCCUCCCGGCGGGGCCCGCAGGGAAGCGGGGCUGCUCUCGGCCAUGGGCGCCGGAGGGAGCCAUGUUGGUUGCAUUUGUUGCAUGUGGAAGACCCAGACGUGCCUCAGACGAACUGCGCGGGGAAGAACAAAUCGCAGCUCCGCAGGCGUCUGCGGAGCUCCCUGUGUGGGGUUUCUGGUGGAGAGAUGGUCGGGAAGGGGAUCGAAGCUGAAGGGUUGGAAGGGCGAGCCGCGAACGCAGCGACCUUUGUGUGUUCGAGACGACCCCCCCUCGCUCCGCGGAGCCCGUGUCGGGGAAGGUGCAAAUGGUGGGGGCAGACCCACCUCGCCCCUCCGCGCCCGGAGCCGCCGCCGGCUCGACCGAGCACCUAGGGGCCUUUCGCCCCCAGUAAAAUUGCUUUGUUGUUUUGAACAGCUUUCCGAUGGUGGUACAGGUUCCAUCAGUUGCGCAUAUCUUGAUCUUACAGAAUCUGCCGUUUAAGUGCAGUUCUGGGUUUGUAGAUGGCCAUUUUUGAGAUUUUAAAACCCGAAAAGUGGUUUUAAACGGAUACUCGGAAUCUAGUUUUUUUUUUUAAGAGUCCUUUUGAAUAGUAAAAUGAGAAAUAAUUGCUAGCAGUUUAACCUCAAGAUCUUUUCACAUGAUAAAUGGGGGAGGGGAAGACAGAAAAUAUGCAAGACCCUGGUUUGAGAUUGAGUAAAGGUCAUAGAUACCCUAAGUUCUAGACUUGCUUAAAAGACAAAGCUAAUAUCCCACUUGGCGAGAUCAAAUAACUUGUGCUUUAAAAUUUAAAGUAACCAGUGGCCAUUUUAACUUCACUAAUGUUUCUUUGAGGAGUCAAUUUUUAAUUGUUCAAAAUUGUAAAAGAUCUUUCUAGCUGGCGAAGGAAAUUUUCAGGUAACUUACAAGAUUAAAAUCGAUUUGAUUGCUGAUUGUUCUGAACAAAUACAUCUUUUAUUUGAGGGAUGCCAUUUUGAAGACUGAUACCUUGACAUUUUAUCCUUGGGGAUAAAGGAAUCUUUGGGAAACCUGUGUUUCAAAUAGCAAGAUGUCGGCACUCCAGCGGCCUGCACAGUGUAACGGACGGUGGAAGCCUUUACACCCAGUCAGCUUGAAGAGUCUCAAAUGGACCCUACUACUGAGAAAUCAAGAUGGCAACCCACUAUGGGGAAGUGUGGAAAAUGGAUUAACACAAGAAUGCUAUACAACCAAGACAGGGCUCUUUUAACAUGGAUUCCAUGAAGUGAAUGAAGACAAUAGGUUUCUUACCCAACAUAAAUGGACAGUGGAUUUGACUUUCUAAAGACUUUUUGUAUCAUUAGAAGAAGUACAUUUUUGACAUUUGGAGAAGAAAGAUGGCACAUUAACAUAGGUGGUAGUAUCCUUGGAAUUUUUUGCAAUUUGAUUUGUAUGGAAUCAUGGAAUGUUAACUUUAAUAAAAUUUCUAACACUUCAAAAUUUCUCAGUUUGAGCCUUUUUUAUUUGAAAGUGGAAGUUUCAUUUUAAAUGUUCAUUUAUUGCCUUCAUAACUCUCUAACCUUUACAUUUACCCAGCAGUAGAGUGUACUGAAUAAAACUGAAAGUGGAAAUGGCAUGUUGGAAAAUGGUGGAUUUGAUUAAGACUUGUGGUUUUUUUUUUUUCAGAGUUGUUGAAAUUUAUUUGUGCUUUGAGAUGGUCAUUUGGUUGCAAUGCUGAUAUGUGCUUUCUUGAAACACCUGGGGCCGGGAACAAUUUAGUUUAUGAGUAAUAACAAUCUUUGAUCAACCAUGAGAUUUUAGAGAAGUUUGUAAGGGAAUGCAUGUUGCCUCAAAAUUGAGGAUGAGUGAUGUGUGUGAUUUAUUUCUGAAUUGUUUUAUGUUAAUGUAAAUGUUCCUUUUUACUUAGGGCUUUUAAUAUAAUAACUUGUGGUAAGAUAUACAUGUGAAAAAUGAAACUGAUGUCUCCUAUAAGCUUACCAUUGGGAAAAGGUAUUAGAUUUAUAGGGAAAUAUCCUUUGAGUCAACACAAAACAUUUUGUUGACAAUAAUGUAUAAUAUAUUUCAUAUACAUUUGAAAUAGAGUUAAUAUCUAGCAUUUUCCUCACUCUGUACAAUUGAGGAUUUAGAAUAAAAGCAUCACACUAUGCCAUUUGACUUUCAGGGGCCAGGUUUUAUUCAUUUGUUGAUAUCAACUAAUAGCAUUUCAGUAACUGAUGAUGAAGUGGUGGGCUAUUUUGGUAAAUCAAAUGAAUCAUUGCUUGUAUUUUCCCGUUAUUCAGAGAACAAAGAACAAUUCAGGUUACUUUUUUUUAAUCAUGCUACUUGUAACUAAUGCCAAAUGUCAGUAUACACGUCUGUGAUCAGAACAUGUGCCUUAUUCCCAUUGGCUGAUGAAGUGGAGGGUCUUUGUAUAAAUUAAAAAGUGGAAUUUUGGGCUUUGAUUCUGUUACGGAAGUUAUCUUUUUGUGUAAGGAAGUAUGAAUUCAAAUAGAUUUGCUGAUGGAUUUUAUAUUUAUCUAGAUUCAACUAUGUUGCUUUUGUUGGGUGUGACCUAAAAUUGAUUUCCUCAGUGAGGAUGGAGAAGGUUCUGGUAGAUUAUCAUGUUGAUUAAGGAACGUUGAUUGGAUUUGGGGAGUAUGUGGAUGGAUGAGUACUUGUCUGCCUGAGGGGCUUGAGGAUAUUUAAUUAUUGCUUUUGGCUCAGUAAUCAUUUUGUUUCUGUUGAUCUCAUGGUUUUGGUAACUUACGGGAACUUGUCCUGUGAUCUUUCCUGGAUAAUUUGCCAUCAGAUUUGACUGUUGUUAAUAACUUGUUGCAAUGGAUUUAGUUUAUUUGAUUGAAAUAUGAGGGGAAGGUUUGAGUAUAUUCUGUUGGUUUUGGAGGUGGAGUUUCUUGGGUUUUUGAUGUAAAGGUGACCAUGGUUGGUUCAUGCUAUUGAGUUUGAAGAACGUUGUUGUGCUUGAAUUAGUGUGGGAAAUAAAUAUAUUGUGGUUAUGAGCAUUUUUUGGGGGGUGACACUAACAGGAUUUUAGAUGGAUUGAAGAAUUUUUGUGAAAGUACAAAGAAAUAUAUUGAGAUUCUUGAAUAAAAGCUAGUUGUGUUAACUUUUGCUGUAAUGCAACUGAACACUAGGGAGGCGCUCUUGAGUUAUAAAAAAUUACCCCUUCCAGUUGGGAUUGGAAAUUCCCCCUUAAAUUUUGUCUUAAGAUGAUUUUUAGGCAUCAUAAAGAAGACAAAACUUCAAUUUAAUUUAUGAAAUAAAGGUUUUGCUUUUAUUUGGAAACCAUUUUACCCUUGGGGGGGUUAAUCUUUCAAAAGAUUAGUACUUAAUAUGGGCUUUAGAUUCUCAAAGAAUUAUCCCUUUUUCAAAAUGGCUUGAUAAAACACCACUUCCUGUCCAGGGAGGAAGUUAUUUUAGCUCAAGGACUGAAAUAUUUAGCAGAUCUUUAGACAAAAGGAACAAAUUACAUUUCUCUCUGGCUUAAAAAGGGUGCUUGAGCUAGAGGGGGUUAAGAAGCCCUCCCCCACCCCUGAUGGGGUGGUCUGGAGGGACUGGGAGGUGUGGAGGUGGGGGUCCUCAGGCUCCCUGGGAUGGUGGAUUUUUUUUUUUUUUUUGGUGGAGAUGAAGGGGUGGGUCUAUGGUACAUCACCUGAGUUGUGGGGUAAAUGUAGAGAGUGUCAAUCAAAGGCAGAGCUCUCAGAGCUGGGAAGGAGGCUCUAGAUGGCGGCUGUGCCUUAGAGAGAGCGCGCUCUGCUCCCUGCCUUCGCCUCACUUUACGCAACUUUCCCUAACUUUCGGGCAGCCUCAGGGGGCCCCCGCAGCCCCCUACCUCUCCUAGUGACUUACUAGGGUCGAUUCGGACCUUUUUUAGGGAGAAAAGCAGCUUUUAGGAGCUUUCUUUUCGUGCCUUGUUGGAAAGAAGCAGCCGUACUGAGAGCCCAGGUCGUUGUUUUUUCCAGCUUAGAAGCCAUGGCGCACCUCCAUUUUUGUGCGCUCGCCUAAUGAGGUUUUUUUCCUUCCGGACUCGUUUUGGUAUUAAUUAUUGCUUUAUUUUUUUGACCAGUUAACAUAUUUGAAGAUUAUUUUAUUUAUUUUUCGUUUUUUAACGGAGAAUUUUGCCUUUAUUUUUAAUUAUUUGGGAUCUGUAUUUUUCUACUACUAGAUAGGACUCUUGCUUUGGACAUACUACAUGGAUCAGUAAAUACCUGGGCACAGGACUUCAAAGCAAACAGAUUCCCCCUCCCCCUUACUAUUUAAGAAUUAAAAGAUGAUGAGAAAUAAGGACAAAAGCCAAGAGGAGGACAGUUCGCUACACAGCAAUGCAUCGAGUCAUUCAGCCUCUGAAGAAGCCUCAGGGUCAGACUCCGGCAGCCAGUCGGAGAGCGAGCAGGGCAGCGACCCAGGAAGCCGACAUGGCAGCGAGUCCAACAGCAGCUCCGAGUCUUCCGAGAGCCCGUCGGAGUCCGAGAGCGAAUCCGCGGGCUCCAAGUCGCAGCCGGUGCUUCCAGAAGCCAAAGAGAAGCCGGCCUCUAAGAAGGAGCGGAUAGCGGACGUGAAGAAGAUGUGGGAAGAAUAUCCUGAUGUUUAUGGGGUCAGACGGUCAAACCGAAGCAGACAAGAACCAUCACGCUUUAAUAUUAAGGAAGAGGCAAGCAGCGGGUCUGAGAGUGGGAGCCCCAAAAGAAGAGGCCAGAGGCAGCUGAAGAAACAAGAAAAAUGGAAACGGGAGCCCUCAGAAGAUGAACGGGAGCAAGGCACCAGUGCAGAGAGCGAAGCAGAGCAAAAAAAAGUGAAAGCCAGAAGACCUGUGCCCAGAAGAACAGUGCCCAAACCUCGUGUUAAAAAGCAAACUAAGACUCAGCGGGGAAAGAGAAAAAAGCAGGAUUCUUCUGAUGAUGAUGAUGAAGAUGAUGAAGCUCCCAAAAGGCAGACUCGUCGGAGAGCGGCUAAAAACGUUAGUUACAAAGAAGAUGACGACUUUGAGACCGACUCAGAUGAUCUCAUUGAAAUGACUGGAGAAGGAGUUGAUGAACAGCAAGAUAAUAGCGAAACUAUUGAGAAGGUCUUAGAUUCCAGACUGGGAAAGAAAGGAGCCACUGGAGCAUCAACUACUGUGUAUGCUGUUGAAGCGAAUGGAGACCCUGGUGGUGACUUUGAUACUGAGAAGGAUGAAGGCGAAGUCCAGUACCUCAUCAAGUGGAAGGGUUGGUCUUACAUCCACAGCACCUGGGAGAGUGAAGAAUCCUUGCAGCAACAGAGAGUGAAGGGCCUAAAAAAACUGGAGAACUUCAAGAAGAAAGAGGACGAGAUCCAACAGUGGUUAGGGAAGGUUUCUCCCGAAGAUGUGGAAUAUUUCAAUUGUCAGCAGGAGCUGGCGUCAGAGUUGAAUAAACAGUAUCAAGUAGUGGAGAGAGUAAUCGCUGUGAAGACAAGUAAAUCUACAUUGGGUCAAACUGAUUUUCCAGCUCACAGUCGCAAGCCGGCACCUUCGAAUGAACCUGAGUAUCUGUGCAAGUGGAUGGGACUGCCCUAUUCAGAGUGUAGCUGGGAAGACGAAGCCCUGAUCGGAGAGAAGUUCCAGAGCUGCAUUGACAGCUUUCACAGUCGGAACAACUCGAAAACCAUCCCAGCGAGAGAGUGCAAGGCCUUGAAGCAGAGACCUCGAUUUGUGGCUUUGAAAAAGCAGCCUGCGUAUCUGGGAGGGGAAAAUCUGGAGCUGCGGGAUUACCAGCUGGAAGGGCUCAACUGGCUGGCGCAUUCCUGGUGCAAAAGUAACAGUGUCAUCCUUGCUGAUGAAAUGGGCCUGGGAAAGACCAUCCAGACCAUAUCAUUCCUCUCCUACCUGUUCCACCAACACCAGCUGUAUGGCCCCUUUCUUAUAGUCGUCCCUUUAUCCACCCUCACCUCAUGGCAGAGAGAGUUUGAAAUCUGGGCACCAGAGAUUAACGUAGUGGUUUACAUAGGUGACCUGAUGAGCAGAAAUACGAUACGUGAAUAUGAGUGGAUUCAUUCCCAGUCUAAAAGGCUGAAGUUCAACGCACUCAUAACAACAUACGAGAUCCUGUUAAAAGAUAAGACUGUGCUGGGCAGUAUUAACUGGGCCUUUCUGGGAGUGGAUGAAGCCCAUCGGUUGAAGAAUGAUGACUCUUUGUUGUAUAAAACUCUGAUUGAUUUCAAGUCCAACCAUAGGCUCCUGAUCACGGGGACCCCUCUUCAGAAUUCUCUCAAAGAGCUCUGGUCCUUGCUGCACUUUAUUAUGCCGGAGAAGUUUGAGUUCUGGGAAGAUUUUGAGGAAGACCACGGCAAAGGGAGAGAGAAUGGCUACCAGAGUCUUCAUAAGGUGCUGGAGCCGUUCCUUCUGCGGAGGGUCAAGAAGGACGUGGAGAAGUCCCUCCCUGCCAAGGUGGAGCAGAUCCUGCGGGUGGAGAUGUCGGCGCUGCAGAAGCAGUACUACAAAUGGAUUCUGACCAGAAAUUACAAGGCUCUGGCCAAAGGGACGAGAGGCAGCACGUCUGGUUUCCUCAACAUUGUGAUGGAGCUGAAGAAGUGCUGCAACCACUGUCACUUGAUCAAGCCCCCCGAGGAGAGUGAAAGGGAGAGCGGCCAGGAGGUUCUGCUGUCCCUGGUCAGGAGCAGCGGCAAGCUGAUUCUGUUGGACAAGCUGUUGACGAGGCUGCGGGAACGGGGGAACAGAGUGCUCAUCUUCUCUCAGAUGGUGAGAAUGCUGGACAUCCUGGCCGAGUACCUGACCAUCAAGCACUACCCCUUCCAGCGUCUGGAUGGUUCCAUCAAGGGAGAAAUACGGAAGCAGGCGCUGGACCACUUCAAUGCAGACGGGUCUGAGGACUUCUGCUUCCUGCUGUCCACAAGGGCUGGUGGCUUGGGAAUCAAUUUGGCAUCUGCGGACACUGUCGUCAUCUUCGACUCCGACUGGAACCCCCAGAACGACUUGCAGGCGCAAGCCCGGGCCCAUAGGAUUGGUCAGAAGAAGCAGGUGAAUAUUUACCGGUUAGUCACGAAGGGGACUGUGGAGGAAGAGAUCAUAGAACGCGCCAAAAAGAAGAUGGUAUUGGACCACCUGGUGAUUCAGCGCAUGGACACCACUGGGCGCACCGUCCUGGAGAACAACUCGGGGAGGUCCAACUCAAAUCCUUUCAACAAAGAAGAGCUGACAGCCAUUUUGAAAUUUGGAGCAGAGGAUCUCUUCAAAGAGCUGGAAGGGGAGGAGUCGGAGCCGCAGGAAAUGGAUAUAGAUGAAAUUUUACGCUUGGCUGAAACCAGAGAGAAUGAAGUGUCGACGAGUGCUACUGAUGAGCUUCUGUCCCAGUUUAAGGUUGCCAACUUUGCAACGAUGGAAGAUGAAGAAGAGCUGGAGGAGCGUCCUCACAAGGACUGGGAUGAGAUCAUUCCCGAGGAGCAGAGGAAGAAAGUGGAAGAGGAGGAGCGGCAGAAGGAGCUGGAAGAAAUCUACAUGCUGCCUCGCAUUCGGAGUUCCACCAAGAAGGCUCAGACGAACGACAGUGACUCCGAUACGGAGUCUAAGAGGCAGGCCCAGAGGUCCUCCGCUUCAGAGAGCGAGACAGACGACUCUGAUGACGACAAGAAGCCCAAGCGCAGAGGGCGCCCCCGGAGUGUGCGCAAGGACCUCGUGGAAGGGUUCACGGACGCCGAGAUCCGAAGGUUCAUCAAGGCUUACAAGAAGUUUGGUCUCCCUCUUGAAAGGCUGGAGUGCAUAGCGCGGGACGCUGAGCUGGUGGACAAGUCGGUGGCAGAUCUGAAACGCCUGGGCGAGCUGAUUCACAACAGCUGUGUGUCCGCGAUGCAGGAGUACGAAGAACAGCUGAAAGAAAGCACCGGCGAGGGGAAAGGACCUGGGAAAAGGAGAGGCCCAACAAUCAAGAUAUCUGGAGUUCAGGUUAAUGUGAAAUCCAUUAUCCAGCAUGAAGAAGAAUUUGAAAUGCUGCACAAAUCUAUCCCGGUGGACCCUGAAGAAAAAAAAAAGUACUGCUUGACCUGCCGCGUCAAAGCUGCGCACUUCGACGUGGAGUGGGGCGUGGAGGAUGACUCUCGACUGCUGCUGGGGAUUUAUGAGCACGGCUAUGGAAACUGGGAGCUGAUUAAGACAGACCCAGAGCUCAAGCUCACCGACAAAAUUCUGCCCGUGGAGACAGAUAAAAAGCCCCAGGGCAAGCAGCUGCAGACCCGAGCGGACUACUUGCUGAAGCUGCUCCGGAAGGGUCUGGAGAAGAAGGGGGCCGUGACAGGAGGGGAGGAGGCCAAAUUAAAGAAGCGCAAGCCUCGAAUGAAAAAGGAAAACAAGGCGCCGCGGCCAAAGGACGAGCCCGGGGCAGAGUUUUCGUCCCCCAGGCACUCGGACAACCCUUCGGAAGAGGGAGAAGUGAAGGAUGAUGGCUUAGAAAAAAGUCCAAUGAAGAAAAAACAGAAGAAGAAAGAGAACAAGGAGAACAAGGAGAAACAAGUGAGUUCCAGGAAAGACAAAGAAGGGGACAAGGAAAGGAAGAAGUCCAAAGAGAAGAAAGAGAAGCCCAAAGGUGGUGAUGCCAAAUCUUCGAGUAAAUCCAAGCGAUCUCAGGGUCCUGUCCAUAUUACAGCAGGAAGCGAGCCCGUCCCCAUUGGAGAGGAAGAGGAAGACGAUCUGGACCAGGAGACAUUCAGCAUAUGUAAGGAGAGGAUGAGGCCCGUGAAGAAGGCGUUGAAACAGCUGGACAAACCCGACAAGGGCCUGAGCGUGCAGGAGCAGCUGGAGCACACCCGGAACUGCCUGCUGAAGAUCGGGGACCGCAUCACCGAGUGCCUGCGUGCCUACUCGGACCAGGAGCACGUCAAGCUCUGGAGGAGGAAUCUGUGGAUUUUUGUUUCCAAGUUUACAGAAUUUGAUGCCCGAAAACUGCAUAAGUUAUACAAGAUGGCUCAUAAGAAAAGGUCUCAAGAAGAGGAGGAGCAGAAGAAGAAAGAUGACGUGACCGGUGGUAAGAAGCCGUUUCGCCCAGAGGCCUCGAGCUCAAGCCGGGACUCUCUGAUCUCUCAGUCCCACACCUCUCACAGCCUUCACCCGCAGAAGCCUCAUUUGCCUGCCUCCCAUGGCCCACAGAUGCAUGGACACCCAAGAGAUAACUACAGUCACCCCAACAAGAGACACUUUAGUAACGCAGAUCGAGGAGACUGGCCGAGGGACAGGAAGUUCAGCUACAGUGGCGGCGGCGGCAACCCGCCGUGGGGCGGUGACAGGCACCAUCAGUACGAGCAGCACUGGUACAAGGACCACCACUAUGGGGACCGGCGACACAUGGAUGCCCACCGUUCCGGAAGCUAUCGGCCCAACAACCUGUCCCGGAAGAGACCUUAUGAUCAGUACGGCAGUGACCGGGACCACCGGGGACACCGAGAUUAUUACGACAGGCACCAUCAUGAUUCUAAGCGGAGGAGAGCCGAUGACUUCAGGCCUCAGAAUUACCACCAGCAGGAUUUCCGACGGAUGUCCGACCACCGGCCCCCUAUGGGCUACCACGGCCAAGGACCCUCCGACCACUACCGCUCUUUCCACACAGACAAGCUGGGGGACUAUAAACAGCCCCUGCCCCCACUGCACCCUGCGGUCUCAGCGCCCCGCUCACCCCCUUCUCAGAAGUCGCCUCACGACCCCAAGUCCCCCCUGGGCCAUCGGUCUCCCCUGGACAGGUCACUAGAACAGAAAAACAACCCAGAUUACAGUUGGAAUGUUCGGAAAACAUAAAGGACGGCUUGAGGGGGCGAGCAGGAGCCAGCGCGCACGCGGCUGUUUUGGUCUGAGCCCCAGCGGCCAGCUUGGAGCCCUGCGAGCGCGGGCUGGGGACACGCGGCUGCCGUCCUCUCUCUGGCCGCAGGAGCGCUUCACGGAGAGCAGGCCCUUGCUCUCGGCAGCUCUCCCACACCUCGGCUCGCCCUCCUCCGUGCCGGCCUGCUCCGGCCUCCCUGACGGGUGCUGGGGGAGGAGGUGACUGUGUGCCCGCGUCGCUGGACCUGCUGCCCUGGGAAGGAACGGGGGCUCCUGGCCUUGGUGUGUGGAGGCUGCGGGGCCUGAGGGCCGGCGUGGGGUUUGGUUCACUGUGACAUGACAGGUGCUGCUGAAGGGGUGAGGUCUCGCGGCGGAGGACUUGCAGGGGCGUCCUGGGAAGGAUCCGCUCGGCCUCGCCGUGGAGACCCGGGGGUGGGCGGAGUGGGGAGCGCUGCUCCGUGGCCUCUCCCUGCCAACACUAAUUUUUCCAUGCUGUUUUUGUGCAUUUCAAAGGUUUGCUCUCCUGAGUGGGACUGCUUUUCCCCCAUGCCAGGGAAAGUGGGGUCCCCCCGGCUGACUUUUGAGUACUGUGAUUUAGCCACACCGAAGUCAGCGUGGGCUGGUCUUACUGACUGCGGAGUGGGCUGAGUGAGGGUGGGGUGGGGUGGGGUCGUGUGGCCAGGUUCCUCUGGAGGGGCGGGGUGGAGGCAGAGGCAGGCCUGCGGGCCAGCACAGCACAGCACAGCACUGGUGGGCGCGUCCACGGGCGGCCAGCAGGGUUCCUGGUGGGGUUUGCCCUUGCCAGCCCUUGCAGCAGGUGGGGGAAGCUUUCAGUAUUGAGUGGAUCAGCCUCUGUAGCCGCCUGCAGCUGGGAUUAAUUACCCAGAACCCCACACCUCCGCACGGCGCGGCUGCAGGAGCGUUCCCAGCUGAGCUUGGUCUCCUUCAGAAUCAGGUCAGUGAAUGUGAACCUGGUGGGGAGCGUCCAGGGCUGGGGACCGAGUGCUGGGCAGCGAGAGUCGCCCUGGCGCGGAGCUGAGGACAGGGCCAGGUCAGGGCUGCCGCCAUGCCAGUGAGGGCAUCCAGCUGCCUGCAGGCGUCCAGGCGUCCAGGCGUCCAGGCGCAGUGCGGUGGGAGAGCCUGCGGAGGGCGAGUGCAGACUCCCGAGCUGACCGUGGGGCCCUUGGGGCCGGACAGCGCCGUUAAUGCCUUUACCAAGAAAUGCCAAGCCGUCCCGACGUGCCGCGGUGCUGAGCUGCCUGCAGGCCGCUCUGUCCCGGCAGCCUGGGUUGGGAGUCGGCCCGCCCCUCCCGCAGCUGCUCAGCCUGGCCUUGCACCACGCCUGCCACGCCGCCCCGGGGGCAGGCGGGAGGGCGCAGAGGCGCAGCUGCUGCUGGCACCGCUGACUGCUGAGCCAAAGAGGAAGGCGAGGGCGGCCCUUGCGGGGGGAGCUGGGGAGGGGGCGAGCCCCCGGGAGCAGCGUGAGCGGAGCGGGCGCCUUCCCGUACUCCACGUUGCCGACAGGAGACGUGCGUCACCCCCGAAGAUGUGCCCUCAUGAGAAGCCGCUUCCUUCCGUUCCCACUCAGGCCCCCGAGUGCCACGUGCCGAGCAGGAGGCGGUGUGGGCCAGAUCAGUGUUGAUUCCGUGUGACAGUAUCAGCGCACGUGGGCUGGGGCGGAGGUCCGCGAGCCUCGCACGGCGAGGGUGACCGCAGGUGUGCGCACGCGGCCCUCUCACCUGCGGGGCGGCGCCCGAGGAGUGGGGUGCUGGCUGCGCCGUGGCCGGCAGGACAGGCGAAGCCCAGGCUGACCUCCGAGCCAGGCUCCAGCUGACGGCCCCUCUGCUUGCUCUCCCGCCAUCGUUCCUUCAGCGCCGCCAGGGAAACCUGAGCACUCGGCCCGAUGCCCGCCUGGCGGUGCAGGUGCGUGGGCGCGAUGCCGCCGCGGUCCUAGCAGGCCAAGACCCACUGUCGGCCGGGUGGGCCCGUGCGGGCGGCUGUGCUGGGCGAGAGCCGUGCCAAGGGUCCAGGCUGCUUUAGUCCACCCGUGCCCAUCUGUCUUGGGCACAGGUGGCUUUCGUUAUUGUAAAAUUGUGGACUUUUAAAACCUGUUGACUAAACAGUAAUUAAUUUAUAUUUGUGAAAAAUGCCACUGUCCUAGUGAUUUCUGAUGUAAAUAAGGUUGUUUAUAUAGUAUGUAUUAAAUUUUCCUACAUUGUAAAACUGCUCUACUUUUGAUUCUUACACAUUAAAAAGUGUUGCUAAGGAUUUCUUAGAAUCGG